AUGGCUGAACUAGAUCCGCCAUCGCUCGCGGCGCUGCUCGGCAGCCCAGCGCUCGCGCCUCCGCCUGGGAUCGAUCCGCAAUUCGACUCACCUCCGAACCAGAAUGGGCUUGCAUAUGGCAUCACAACGGCACUGUCUAUCAUACUGAGUGUCUGUGUCGCUAUCCGAUUAUACGCUCGCAUUGGCCUAGAACGACAAUUUCGUGUCGAAGAUGGCUUGAUGCUCCUGGGAUACGGAUCGUAUUGGGGAACUGCUUAUGCCGCCUACGAACUGAUCAAGACUCCCGGGUACUACGUCCAUACCUGGGACCUUCACUUGGGGGACAUGAUUAGACCCGGAUAUCUGAUUCUCAUAUACGGAUGCUGCUACUCUGCUGUCCUGCCACUGAUCAAGACAGCCAUCUUGCUCGACUGGUGCAGGAUCUUCGUCACUGGUAAUCGCAUCAAGAGCCCCUUUUGGUGGGGCUGCAUGGCACUCAGCGUACUCCAGUGCGUUUGGGGAUUGAUGUGCAUCAUCCUCCUGAACAUGCAGUGUGUCCCACACAAUGCCAUUUGGGAGUUCUACGUGCCUAGCAAGUGCUACAGCUUGCCCAGAGUCAUGCUGGCUUCAGCCUCCGUCCAGGUGGUCACCGAUAUUGCCAUGGUCUUGCUACCGCAGCGAUUGAUCUGGAAGCUGCAGACGGGGUGGAAGCGGAAGGCCGGUAUCUCUCUAAUCUUUGGUAUCGGUAUUGCUGGCUCAAUAUCGGCAUGCUUGCGCCUCGAGAGAACCAUCACCUACGCGAACGAAUCCGACAAAAUGUACUUCAUUGGGCCCUUGCUCUUCUGGGCUUGCGCCGAAAUGACCUGCGGCUUCCUCAUCUUCUGCGUACCGUCGAUGCCCCGAAUCUUCAAGACAAUGUUCGACAUGCCAAUCAAGAGCGGAGGGACGGUUGAGCCUCUUGGGGACGACUACUACCGUGCCCGCCGGAAGUGGGCAAAGCCAACAAGCUCAGUGAGCCGAGGGACGUGGAAGGAGAUUGACGAUGGCGACAUUGCUUUGACGCGGUCGACGCCGGCAGAAGGCCCGGCAUCAUCUGCAGCAUCGACUGCGAAACAACACGACUCGGAAUCGUCCCGGUAGACUGAGAUUUCCAGCGCAAAAAAGGAGUUUUUGCUGUUCAAUCUGCACAGUCCGCGAUUUAAUUUCAUGUUACAACAAAAUAUGCUAUUCGGGAGGCACGAUAGAGGAAGGCACUAAUGCCAAAUAUGCAUCCCUGUAGACGACAGGCUUGCCUACAUAGUGGUACAUCACGGGAACAGUGUCACAGCCCUUCCAAGGGAUGCCGAGGGUCCUAGUCUUUGAGCACGGAUGAGACGAAAGGUAUCAACAAAGUCGGUAACAGGACGUAGCGUCAGGGCUUUUGAUCUCCUGUUUCCCUUGACGGAGGUAGAAUCAAACCACAAGGUUGACGAUGGCGUAGGACAACAGCGGUCUCAAG